AUGAAAAACGAUGAUAAUGUUCAUGUAGUAAUGCUGCCAUGGGCUGCAUUUGGUCACCUUAUUCCAUUUUUCAAUCUCGCCAUAGCCUUAGCGCGAAUUGGAGGAAUACAUGUCUCUUUCAUUUCCACUCCGAAAAAUAUCAAACGACUCACUAAAGUUCCUCCAAACUUAACACACCUCGUAAAACUAGUAGAAUUACCAAUGCCAGUACUCGAUGACGAGACACUUUUGCCCCAGAAUGCUGAAGCUUCUGUCGAUGUUACAGCUGAAAAAAUCCAGUACUUGAAAGCAGCUUAUGAUCUCCUCCAACAACCCAUAGAACAUUUCAUCGCUGAUGAAAAACACGACUGGAUCAUAGCUGAUUUCGCACAACAUUGGAUAGUCGAUAUUGCUGAAAAUUAUGAGAUCCCCAUAAUUUAUUACAGCAUUUUCACUGCUGCUGCAACGGGUUUCUCAAUUGCUGCAACACUUUUAGGAGAAGCGCCUGAAAUUUUAACCUCACCGGUAUUUCAGAUGCUGGAUUUUCCGUCUACUUUGGCUUAUCGAAAAGCUAUAGUUGUCCGUAGUUGCAAAGAAAUUGAUGAUGUGUAUAUAGAUGCAUUACAUAAAAUUGUCGAUAAGCCUGUAUUUCCAGUUGGAUUAUUAUUAUCUCCGUCACCAUCAACAAAUUUAUUCAGCAGCGAUACAUCAGUGCAGAGCAUUGUCAAAUGGCUGGAUCAACAGAAGUCCGGAUCGAUCUUAUUCAUUGGAUUUGGAAGCGAAUGUAAUCCAAGUAAAGAGGAAGUAGAUGAAAUAGCUCACGGACUUGAACUCUCCGGGUUACAAUUCAUAUGGAUACUACAAAAGCCAAAUUGGGGUAUUUUUGAUGAAGUGGAUCCUCUGCCGGAAGGAUUCCAGCAGAGGAACGCUGAGAAAGGAGUGGUGCACAUUGGAUGGGCACCACAGAAGGAGAUUCUGUCACAUCCUUCAAUUGGGGGUAGUCUGGUUCAAGGUGGGUGGGGUUCCGUAACAGAGAGUUUGCAGUACGGGCAUGUUGUUGUUGUUCUGGCGUUUGUGUAUGAUCAAGGGUUUAAUGGGAGAUUUCUGAUGGAAAAGGGAUUGGGAAUUGAAGUGGAGAGAAAUGAAGAAGGCGGAUCGUUUACUAGGAAUGAGAUAGAGAAAACGUUGUAUGCUAUGGUUUCGAAGGAAGUUGAAGAGUUGAGAGUUCGAACCAAAGAAGCUGCAGCCAUUUUUGAAGAUCAAAAGUUUCAUGAUUCAUACGUUGCUAGUUUCGUCGAGUAUCUGAAGAAUGAUAGAGAGGAAAUAUCCACUGAUUAA